UCAUGUUGUGAAAAUCCCAACAGAUAUCAUACAAAACGACGGCGCGUUAUUUAGAAAAUGCAUUUAAUUAAAAGCGAGUAGGACCAACAAAUAAUGGGUAAUAAGAGUUCAAAAGAAGCGCGACCAUUACCUACUUCAUCGGAUGUUAUUAAAACCAUCGACGAGAACAUUUACGAUCAUCUUCGUAUUAAGGAGAGCGGCGUGACUGAUGAGCAGCUGGCCGAGUUUUGGCAGGUGUUCAAACUGUUCGACAAGAACAAUGACAACGAGUUGAACUCCAAGGAGCUGGGAACCAUUAUGAAGUUCCUCGGGCAGUCCCCCACGGAAAGCGACCUCCGCUGGAUGCUUGGCCAAGCGGACAUCAACAAAAAUGGCACUGUUGAAUUCAAUGAGUUUGUCAAGAUGAUGAUUUACUACCAGAAACGGAUCGACCCUGGGCAACAAAUGAGAGAAGCAUUCCGUGUGUUCGACCGAGAGAACAAAGGUUUCAUCACCUCGGCGAAGUUUCGUGACAUGAUGACAAAUCGCGGCGAAAAGCUCACGAACCAAGAGAUGGCUGAGAUCAUGCAAGAUGCGGAUCCAACAGGUGACGGCAUAAUCGAUUGUGAAGAAUUCAUAAAGUUGUUGCGUUCUCCACCUCCGGACGAGUCCAGCAAAUUUCAGGCGAGCGACGAAACCAAUGAGCGUCUGGCUAAAUUAAAGGAGGUGUUCAAGCUGUUCGACCGGCACGCAUUGAACACCAUCAGCACCAAGGAUCUGCCUGCCAUUAUGACGUACCUCGGGCAGUCUACCACGGACAGCGACAUCCGCUACAUGAUCAACUACACAGAACCCACCAAAAAGGGCUUUAUUGAAUUCGAUGAGUUUGUCCUGAUGAUGAACGCCCACAAGCGACGGACAGAACACAAACAACAAAUGAGAGAAGCAUUCCGCGUCUUUGACAAAGACGACACUGGCUUCAUCAGCUCGUCAAAGCUGCGUUACGUGAUGACAAACCUCGGCCAGAAGUUCACGGACCAAGAGGUGGCCCAGAUGAUACGAGAUGCGGACCCCAACGGCGACGGAAUGGUCAAUUAUAUGGAAUUCAUCAAGCUACUGUGUUCGCUACCUCCUUGACCGGGUACCAGACACUAUGCAUAUCAUCUAAUGUACGCCGCAACUCAACUACUUGAGUGACGUCAAUGCGCACGUCUUCUGGGAUGUUUUCUGGGAUGUGUUCUGGAUUGUUUUUUCCCGAUGAUGUUUAUGUGAGAAUUCAUCAUGUUGACGUGUUCGCCAACUAGGCCGUUAUGAGACGCUAAACAUUUCCUCGUAUUCAUGAUGCAAUUACAUGUAAUUGGGUGACGGCAGUUCGCGAGAAUUGUGCCAGGGUUAAAAUGUGGCAUUAUACAAAUCACAAGAUCUUUAUUAAUGUUUACUUGCAUAUGAUCAAAUUGCAAUGUUUGUAGAAGAAGUGAGCUUUUUUAUUGCACGUGUAAUUUAACUGAUUUAUUGAACUCUUUAAUUUAUGGGGCGAAACAGGUUUGAAAUGUUUAAGUGUAACAAGUUUAUAUUGAUAACUAUACUUGCUGUGUUUGAUCAGUGUUCGUUUCAGUAAAACAUUUAUCAUGAUUGAUUUAUAUUAAACGCGUUUUUUUCCAUGUCCGAUAGGUUUUCAUCUCAUACAUGUUUCUAAUUACUUGCAUAUUGUUGUAAAUGUUUACCACCAAUUAAUAAAUAGUUCAACGGUA